AUGGAUCUUUUUCUUAUGUAUAUCAAGUAAGGAGAUUAGAAGACAAUCUUGAAUAUGCUCUUAAAAAAAAGAAUUUAACUAACUUAUCUGAAAAGUAUAGUAAAAUGCUUUAAAUGAAGUAGGAAUUCUGGCUUUAAUAUAGCAUUAAAACAUUAUUAUGUAUAAAGAAGCUUUUAUUGAUUAAGUCAGUAACUCUUGAUGGUAAAAUUUAAUAAAUAAUAUAAAUAUAGUGUUAGAAUGGAACUUGCCAUCGAUGGUGAUUUAUUAGAGAAAAUAUAGAAAUACAUAAAAGCAGGGAGUUUCUUUUAAGAAAGUGAAGUUUUUAAGAUAUGCUUUCCAGAUUUUAAAUGAUCUUAAUGUAUUACAUGAAAUGAAAGUAAUGCAUCAAGACAUAAAAAGUGCAAAAAUAUUUUUGAUAAAUAAUGAUGUAAAGUUAGGAGACUUAAAUGUGUCUAAAGUAAUAAAGGAAGGUUUACUUUAUACUUAAACAGGUAAACCAUAUUAUGCAAGUUCAGAAGUAUGGAAAGAUCAUCCUUAUGAUUGUAAAUCUGAUAUAUGGUUAUUGGGUUGUGUAUUAUUUGAGAUCACUGCACUGAAAUUACCUUUUUAAGCUCAAGAUAUGGAUAAUCUUUACAAAAAAGGUAUUAAAGGUAUUAUUUUAUUUAGGAUAAUAUAAAAAACUGUCAAAAUCUUUUUCUUAGGAUUUACAUAAUUUAAUCAGAAUGAUGCUAUACAUUUCCACAUCUUUAAGACCCAAUAUAUCUUAAUUACUUUAAUUUACUUGUUUCUAAAAAUUUUCAUUUCUUACAUAAAUAAAUUCUGGAUAAUUAAUAAAAACAAUUUUAUUUCCCAUAAUAAAAGUUAAAAAAAAUCUUUCUAAAACCUACAUAUAAACAUAAACCAGAUCUACAGAAUUCCUAUCAAUAAUAUUCAUCAUCAUGUGA